CUGCUUCUGGCAACAACAAUUUCGAGUCCGACCAGAAAAUAAUAUAAAAAAUAUUGAAACUAUGGCUGGGCGUGAAGCUGUGAAGCGGGCUGUGCAGCAGGUGCGUCCCAUCCUGUCAGUGGACCGGGAGGAAGCCCGCAAGCGUGCCCUCAACCUUUACAAGGCCUGGUACCGCCAGAUUCCCUACAUCGUCAUGGACUACGACAUUCCCAUGACCGUGGAGCAGUGCCGGGACAAAUUGCGCGAGGAGUUUGUAAAACACCGCAACGUGACCGACAUUAGGGUGAUCGAUAUGUUGGUCAUCAAGGGCCAAAUGGAGCUCAAGGAGUCUGUGGAGAUCUGGAAACAGAAGGGCCACAUUAUGCGCUACUGGAAGGAGUCGCAAGACCCCAAGCCCACGGAUUUCCUCUCAAAAUUCAUUCAGGGCGUUAAUUAGUUACAGAAAUUGAAAUAGUCUAAAUAAAACCUCGUUUGAAAUGUAAAUACGAAA